GACUCGUCCAACAUAACGGAUCAUGUGACUUUUUCCAUUUCGCCAUUUUCCUCUGGUCCACCGGUGGUCUGUAUCAGCUGUUCGUCUCUCCUCUCCUAGCAGCUCGGCGGCCGUGGGACUUCAGGACGGACACGACUCACUCGUAGCUGAACUCCAACCACAGAGAGAAUGUCUUCCUCCAGCCCCGAGUACGCCUCGUUCUUCGCCGUGAUGGGAGCCUCCUCGGCCAUGGUGUUCAGCGCCCUGGGCGCGGCAUACGGCACGGCAAAGAGCGGCACGGGCAUCGCGGCCAUGUCGGUGAUGCGUCCGGAGCUCAUCAUGAAGUCCAUCAUCCCCGUGGUUAUGGCGGGAAUCAUCGCCAUCUACGGCCUGGUGGUGGCCGUGCUGAUCGCCAACAACAUCGCUGACAACAUCACCCUCUACAAGAGCUUCCUCCACCUGGGGGCCGGUCUCAGCGUGGGCCUCAGCGGCCUGGCCGCCGGCUUCGCCAUCGGCAUCGUGGGGGACGCGGGCGUGCGGGGCACGGCCCAGCAGCCCCGGCUGUUCGUGGGCAUGAUCCUGAUCCUGAUCUUCGCCGAGGUCCUGGGGCUGUACGGCCUCAUCGUGGCGCUCAUCCUCUCCACCAAGUAGAGGCUCUCCCCGCCGUCACCCAUCCCACCUCAACGCAGCAAGAACAGACGGGAGACGUCCACCUCAUUCCAGAACAGCCCUGCGGUCUGUCGGGCGGCGCUGGGCGGCGUGGUCACCGGCACCACCCCCCCCUGGGUGGUGUGGUCACCGGCACCACCCCCCUGGGUGGUGUUUCUGCUGCCCCCGUCCGUCGCUGGCGUCAGGCCUUGUACAUCUCGAUGGGCGCUUAAGUAUUGGCCGGGUUUGUUUUGGGAUGAUGUGUAGGCGGUCUCCGAAAGAUUAUGGUGUGUUCUUGCCUGUACAGUGGUCCAGAUCCUUCCAUCGUGAGUGUAGUUGACCCCCCCCCCCCCCCAGUCAGUGCUGUGAGUGACUAUGUUACCCCUUCUCUCUAGCCUUUUCCUACUCCUUUUUGUUCUGGUUAUCAUUCUAAAUGUCUGAAGAGUUGGCUGUACCAAUCACGCACAUUCUUUUCCUUUUUCUAUUCAUGGUGUUUUUUUUGGGACCAUAUUUAAAUCACAUUGUGACCUGUCAAGACAUUAACUAUUUUUGUUUAUUUUUUCACUAUUUAUGAAUUCUAAAAGAUUUUGAAUUGUUAAUGAAACUGUUUAAAUGGACAUAAUGUUUAUUGAAUACCCUAUAUGCAUAUCCAUAUAUAAAUGAUCUGUGUAUAGUUAGGUGAGAUGCACUCUGGGUAAGUGUUCCAAGUGCUUGAUUUGCUCUGAAUGUUGUGUGGUCUAUUUGAGAAGUCCAGGUGUGACAUACAGUACAGUUAACUGCAUUUGUUUGUUUGUGUGUUUGUUCUACCAGAUCUGAGUGUGAAUAUACGGUGUGCAAGUGGAAAAUGAUGUUUAUGAAUUUGACAUUCUCCAACACUAGUACCGUUUACCUGUAGUGCUGCUGUCUUGAUUUCUGUUCAAGGUGAGAGCUUGCUGCUGGCCUAUGCCUGUCAGAUUUCCAAAUAAAUCUCAACCUCCUUAAGUCUGAUGGUUCAACAUUGUCUCUGGAAAAGUAUUGCAACACACCAACUGAUGAGUAGUUCACUCAUUAGUCCUUUCAGACCUUUUCCUUGAGUUGAUUUCAGAAAGGGUGUAAUCUUCCUGCAGGUUGAUAGAAGAUCUUCUGGGGAUGAGGAGGCUCUGAGAACCCCACUGAGACCAGCUGACGACGCAAACUCAAACUGAGUAGGUACUGGCCCGGGACCACGUGAUGGGGGAACCUGCUCUGAAGAGCCCCACACUGGCUUUCCCGUGAUCGCACGCAUCGUACUUUAAAGCAAGCAAAAUACAAAAGGCCUCUUGACUUUCUCAAAUACAAAGUUUAAAUCAGGAUAGGUGGUAUGAAAGUACUUAUAUUUUAUGAAGUAAAACCAUUAAAAGUAAAAUGUGCCCAACAAGCCUGACGGUAAAAGCAAACCUGAGUAAGAAGAAAACUGCCCGGUCGCCUGGGAAGCCCAGUGAUGGAGCUUAGGGCGAACCCAGCCUAGUGAUGGAGCUUAGGGCGAACCCAGCCCAGUGAUGGAGCUUUGGGCAGUCCCCAGCCUAGUGAUGGAGCUUAGGGCGAACCCAGCCCAGUGAUGGAGCUUUGGGAAGUCCCCAGCCUAGUGAUGGAGCUUAGGGCGAACCCAGCCUAGUGAUGGAGCUUAGGGAGGCUCCCCAGCCUGUGGAUGGAGGUGAGGGCAGUCCCCAGCCUGGUGAUGGAGCUUAGGGUGAACCCAGCCUAGUGAAGGAGGUGAGGGAGGUGCGCUGGGCGUCUUGUAGACG